CAUAAAAAUAAAACUUCGUUUUUACUUGUAAAACCCGUAGUAAAAAAUGUUAAGUCCAGUUUCCUUUAUAUAUAUAUAUAUAGAAAUAUUACUGUAUUUUUGUGUAAGUUUUUAUGCAACAAAAGCAAAGUAUACUCUUUCUACAUAUAUAUGACUUAUUAUUAGUGUAAUAGUCCUAGCAAAGUGAGAUAAAAAUUAAUGGCUCUUUUGAAGCUUGGUUCUAAAUCUGAAGCCUUUUGCUGUGAAGGCCAUGCUUGGCGUUGUAAAUCAGGACUACCAAGUGACAUUACAAUUGAAAUUGGAGAAAUGUCCUUUUAUCUACACAAGUUCCCUUUGCUAUCAAGAAGUGGACUAUUAGAAAAGCUUAUGAAUGAAUCAACAAAAGAGGAUGGAUCAACAUGCACUUUGCAGCUUAGUGACAUACCUGGUGGAGCUAAAGCAUUUGAGUUAGUAGCCAAAUUUUGUUAUGGUGUUAGAUUUGAACUUACUCCUCUUAAUGUAGUUGCCCUUAGAUGUGCAUCUGAGUAUUUGCAAAUGACAAAUGAAUAUGGUGAAGAAAACCUCGUAUCGCAAUCUGAGUCUUUCCUCAAUGAUGUCUUUAGUAACUGGACAGAUACAAUUAAGGCAUUAGAAACUUGUGAAGAAGUGUUGUCAUAUGCUGAAGAGUUACACAUUGUGUCGCGAUGCAUAAACUCAUUAGCGAUGAAAUCUUGUAGCGAUUCUAAGUUGCUUAAUUGGCCCGUGAUGGAGAAUGGUAACGAUAAUGCUGAUGUAUGGAAUGGUAUAAGCACCGGGACUAAGCCAAUGCCAAUGACCGAUGAUUGGUGGUACGAGGAUGUGUCCUUUCUUAGCUUGCCUUUGUACAAGCGUUUGAUUCAGGCCGUUGAUGCUGGAGGAAUGAGGCCUGAGAACAUAUCGGGCGCUCUUGUGUUUUAUGCGAAGAAAUAUGUUCCUUUAAUGAAUAGGCAAUCGAGUUUCAAGGAUGUUACUCAUGCUAAAUCAGGCUCUACUCCGUCUGAGGCAGAUCAAAGGGCGCUUUUAGAAGAGAUCGUUGAGUUGUUACCAAAACAGAAAGGUGUAACGGAGACUAGAUUUUUCCUCAGGUUGCUACGUACUGCUAUGAUGUUGCAGGCUAGUCCAUCCUGUCGCGUAAAUUUGGAAGGAAGAGUCGGGUUGCAAUUAGACCAGGCUAUACUUGAUGAUCUACUGAUACCAAACAUGGGUUAUACAGUUGAAACUCUAUAUGAUAUCGACUGUUUUCAACGUAUUCUUGAUCAUUUCUUGUUAAUAGAUCAGGCUUCUGCAGCAGCAUCUCCAUGUAUUAUGGAAGAGAAUCAGUUGAUUGAAGGAUCUCAGUCUUUGGCUUCGAUAACACGAGUGGCUAAUCUCGUGGAUUCAUAUCUUGCUGAAGUCGCGCCUGAUGUUAACUUCAAGUUUCCGAAAUUUCAGACACUUGCUUCUGCAAUACCCGAAUAUGCUAGGCCAGUUUCCGAUGGCAUAUAUCGUGCAAUCGAUAUAUAUUUGAAGGCACAUCCUUGGCUAACAGACAUCGAAAAAGAACAAAUCUGCAGACUAAUGAAUUGCCAGAAGCUAUCGUUAGAGGCCAGCACGCACGCUGCUCAGAACGAGAGGCUACCUCUAAGGGUCAUUGUUCAAGUCCUGUUUUUCGAACAACUUAGGCUACGUACAUCAAUCUCCGGAUGGUUCUUUGUGUCGGAAAAUCUUGAAAACUCUCAAAAUCUUAGCGGAGAAAUUGGAGAGCGCGAGGGAAAUGCUGCACGAGGCAGGGGAAGGAGUGUCGAGGACAUGAGGGAACGCGUGUCCGAGCUUGAAAAAGAGUGCAACAACAUGAAGGAAGAGUUCCAAAAGAUGGUGAAAACAAAGAGGAGGUGGAAUAUAUUUUGCAGGAGAAGAUCUCAAUGUAAGCCUAGUGAAGAUGCAGCAUGUCACACUGCUCCAAAAAUUCACUAAGUCUUUUUUUUGGGUUUUCCAUCCUAUGUCCAGUACCCACAUUGGAGUCCGACUGAUCCGGAGUCGCGCCGGGUAGGGCCCCAUUCGGAGGGUAGCGCUCCUACCAAGAAUUUUUUCAUACUCAGAGCUCAAACCCGAACCUCUGGUUAAGAGAGCAGCAGCUUGAAUUCAUUCCCUAAGUUUAAAGACUAGUGAAAGUGUUUUGGAGUUUCUGAAAUAUGAAUGAAAGGCAUUUGCCAAUAUUUGAAUUGUCAAA